AUGCCCUCGCUCGCGCGCAAGCUCCUCAUUUUCGCUGCGGUCGAUGGACUGUUGUUACAGCCUCUAGCGCCCAAAGGACAGCGUCCUCCGCCCGCUGCGAAGAUCGCUUAUAAUGAUGCCGAGAAUAGCAUCAGGCCGGUGACGAACAAUGGCGCCGAGGACAAUGAGGACGAUGGGAGAUGCUUCGAGGCUUUUGGGGUGGUAGGUCUAUUGAACGUAUCUAAUACGUCAUUCCUAAUAUCCAUCACUCGUCGCCAGCAAGUAGCACAGAUCCAAGGCAAGGCCGUUUAUGUUAUUACAGAGGUAGCUCUUACGCCGCUAGCAUCGAGGAAAGAGGCGGGAGCUUCAAUCAAGCAGACCCGGGUUGCGCUGGAGAAAGGAACGAUAGAUGGACACGAAAACGAUGAAUCUGAUAGCGAGGACGAGAGAUCUACGGGGACAGACGAUAUCGACGAUGAUGAGCUACAGCCUACGACUAUAAGUCCUUCGAAGGCAUCACAUAAAAAGACCACCAGUGUGGCGGAAGAUGUUCUCACGAGAAAGGGAAAUUUUGGCAAGUUUGCGCAGGAAUGGUUCUCAAAAAGAGGCUGGACGGUGGAUCAAAAAAGUAAUCUUAAGCCGAACCCAUCUACUACAGCACUUAAAAGCCCGAAAGGGAGCGAGGACGAUGAGGAUCCACUGCAGGCGAAUGAAGAUGCAGCUCAAGACCCUGAUGCCCAGCAAGUACUACAAGAUGAGAGCAAAGGACCAGUCGAAGUCGCCAAAGCUCUAUUACCCAAGCUAUUACGGACCACUCAGCUGUACAUGGGAUCCUCGAAAAGUUUCUACUUUUCAUAUGACCAUGAUUUAACCAGAAGUCUCUCGAACCAAAACUCGUCCAACUCUGAUUUGCCUCUCCAUCAAAAGGUAGACCCACUGUAUUUCUGGAAUCGCCAUAUCGUGCAGCCUUUUAUCGAUGCUGGACAGAGUACCUUUGUGCUGCCGCUAUUACAAGGAUUCGUGGGCCAGAGAGCGUUCCAAAUGGACACUGACCCUCCUCAAGCAAUUCUGGGACUGGAUGGUACAGGGACAAAAUCAUCCAUGGAAAUGGUUGACCUUUCUCCUCGGAUAUCUGAAGACGGAAAUGUUGCAAACGCCGACGGAGCUGCGGGAGGCAUUCUGGAGAGAGGCAGAGGGUUUCGACAUCGAGAUACCGUUAAGACGUACUCACUGACACUGAUCUCUCGAAGAUCAGUAAAACGAGCUGGUCUUAGAUAUCUUCGUAGAGGUAUCGACGAUUCCGGGCAUACCGCUAAUGGGGUAGAAACCGAGCAACUUAUGACAGAAUUGGAAUGGAAACCUACAAGCAAAAUGUAUUCGUUUGUUCAGCUGCGGGGAAGCGUUCCGAUUUACUUUUCACAGUCACCCUAUUCCUUCAAACCAGUUCCGCAGAUCCAGCACUCAGCGGAGACGAAUUACGAAGCGUUUGUUAAGCAUUUCGAGAACGUCACAGAACGUUAUGGUCGAGUUCAAGUGGCCUCGCUGGUUGAAAAGCAUGGUCCAGAGGCUAUCGUCGGCGAUCAGUUCGAGAAAUUUGCUCAACGUUUAAAUGAGUCUGGCGGUAUUCGCGGAUCACCUGUUGGAUUUGAGUGGUUCGAUUUUCACUCUGCAUGCCGAGGCAUGAAAUUCGAAAACGUGAGCUUGCUUAUGGAUAAACUAGGAGAUACUCUGGAUAGCUUCGGGUAUACAGUGACUACUGAUGGGACUCUUGAGUCGAAGCAAACCGGUGUUCUCAGGACCAACUGCAUGGAUUGUCUGGAUCGAACCAAUGUCGUUCAAAAUUAUAUGGGGAAACGAGCCUUGGAACAGCAGCUCAAAGAUGAGGGGAUUGAUGUCACCCUGCAACUCGACCAGGCCAUGCAAUGGUUCAAUAUCUUGUGGGCAGAUAACGGAGACGCAGUUUCGAGACAGUACGCCUCCACGGCAGCCAUGAAAGGAGACUUUACCCGCACGCGGAAACGAGACUAUCGUGGCGCACUUACCGACAUGGGGAUCUCUAUCUCAAGAUUCUAUAGUGGGAUCGUCAACGAUUUCUUCACCCAAGCUGCGAUCGACUUUUUGCUUGGGAAUCUGACGGCCGUCGUCUUUGAGGACUUCGAGACAUCAAUGAUGAGCCGCGACCCUGCGGUCUCGAUGCAAAAGAUGCGGCAGCAAGCUAUCGAAGCGUGCCAGAAAUUGGUAGUUGCCGACGAGCAUGAAGAAUUCAUUGGGGGGUGGACGUUGCUUGCCCCGCAAGUCCCGAAUACUAUCAAAUCGACGCCGUUCGAGGAGACGAUCCUGCUCUUGACAGACUCUGGGCUGUACUCGUGUCGCUUCGAUUGGAACAUCGAAAAGGUUUCAUCCUUCGAACGUGUCUCACUGGAUCACAUCUUGACCAUCAAAUAUGGAACCUACAUCACCUCAACACUGUCUGCCUCGCAGACUGAUGAACAAAGGAAUAUAGGAUUUGUGGUUACCUAUCAGGCUGGCAAGAAUGAUAUCGCUAGGGUAAACACCAGGUCAAUGGCCAACGUCUCACGCAUUGAUAUGGAUUCACUCGGCGGUAGGGCCACUUCCCCGCCACCGAAAGGCUUGGCGGCAUUGAUAGGAAGGCCAACGACACCCGCGAACCGCGUGCUGGCAUUCAAAGCCAUCUCGACUCGAUCGGCAGUCACGGGUGAAGGUAAUGAGAAUGGUCUGAGUGAGUUGGAACAGAUCAGAGGGAUCUGUGCGGAAAUAGAACGCAUGAUCCUACUCGGCCAAGUAUCAGAGGUUGGAACGGAAAAGAAACGGAUCGUUGAAAAUGCAGACGUUAUCAGUCUCAACGAGGCUCGUAAAAGUACCGGCCUUCUGGAACAGCUCGGUCACAGCUUCAAGAAACUUAUUUGGGCAUAG